CCGCAUAUAUAAAGUUCAGCGCUUCGGGCGUGGCUGCACUGAACCAUAGGUUUAUGUACGAUUUGUUUGGGGGAUUUUUUUUUUUGGUCAAGUUACGUAUGUGUGUGAUAUCUGUGAUGUCAGCUGUUUAAUGAGCGCGGAUAGGACAGAUGAGAGCGGGUGGUAGAGAGUGUUUUUGUGCGUUUUAACUGAUCAGUGCGUCGUUUGGAGUGCGCGCGCGCUUCACUCUGAAUGUAACUGUCGCUGUGUUUAGGCUUCAGCGCACGAGACUAUCGAUCUGUCGUGAAACUGCUUUACGGCAACUUUGAGUGACUGCUGUUUGGAUUUCUGAUGUCGUUUUUGUUCACGGGACGUCGCAGGCUUUCUGUUUGCCGUUUCCCGAGUGCAACUUUUUAAAUUCGUGACUCAACCUUCUUACGCUGCGCCUUCUUCCGUUCCUUUGAGAAAAAAAACGGUUAAAUAGCUGCUGCGCUCGAGCCGCAAGCUUUCCGGCUCGACACACCGUCGGCUUGCUUUUGAUUUUUUUUCAUUAGAUUUUUGCCUCUUAAAAGCGCAGUUGUGUAUCGAGCUGGUAGUUUACUCGGAGCCAUGGGCUGCACGGUGAGCGCCGAGGACAAGGCGGCCGCCGAAAGGUCGAAAAUGAUCGACAAAAACCUCCGUGAAGAUGGCGAGAAGGCGGCGAGAGAAGUGAAGCUGCUGCUGCUCGGUGCAGGGGAGUCUGGAAAGAGCACCAUUGUGAAGCAGAUGAAAAUCAUCCACGAAGACGGCUACUCGGAAGACGAAUGCAAGCAGUACAGAGCCGUGGUGUACAGCAACACCAUCCAGUCUAUAAUGGCCAUCAUCAAAGCCAUGAGUAACCUCAAGAUCGAUUAUGGAGAUUCAGCGAGAACGGAUGAUGCAAGACAGCUCUUUGCACUGUCUGCCGCAGCGGAAGAGCAGGGAAUCCUCCCAGACGACUUGGCCAACGUGAUCCGCAGACUGUGGGCUGACAGCGGGGUGCAGGGUUGUUUUACCCGCUCCAGAGAGUACCAGCUCAAUGACUCUGCUGCCUAUUAUUUGAAUGAUCUCGAGAGGAUAGCACGAGCAGACUACAUCCCCACCCAACAGGACGUGUUGAGGACCAGAGUGAAAACUACCGGUAUCGUCGAGACACACUUCACUUUUAAGGACCUUCACUUCAAGAUGUUUGAUGUUGGUGGCCAGAGAUCAGAGAGGAAGAAAUGGAUCCAUUGUUUUGAAGGAGUGACUGCCAUCAUCUUCUGCGUGGCUCUAAGCGCCUACGACCUGAUGCUGGCUGAAGAUGAAGAGAUGAACCGUAUGCAUGAGAGCAUGAAGCUCUUUGACUCCAUCUGCAACAAUAAAUGGUUCACAGAGACCUCCAUCAUCCUCUUUCUCAAUAAGAAGGAUCUGUUUGAGGAGAAGAUCACGCGCAGCCCUCUCACCAUCUGCUUCCCUGAGUACACAGGAGCCAACAAAUAUGACGAAGCAGCGAGCUAUAUCCAGACCAAGUUUGAGGAUCUGAACAAGAAGAAGGAUACAAAAGAGAUCUACACCCACUUUACCUGCGCCACCGACACCAAGAACGUGCAGUUUGUGUUCGAUGCCGUCACUGACGUCAUCAUCAAAAACAACCUGAAGGACUGUGGGCUUUUCUAAUGACAAUGUCAGGGAACAUACCAAGGAAGAGCUAAGCUGUGUGGUGCACCUGCAUUAGCGUCGGUCAUCAUCACAGUGCCAGACUGCCUACAGCCAUCCAGACAAACGCUGAAAUUUCAUCUAAUACCUUUUUGGGAAAGGGGAGGGGGGGUCUGACCAAGAACCACAGAAAAAGAGAAAUUCUAUAUUGCAGAAAUCCACAGGUCCCAAUUCCAAAAUACCUUUUCAGGGGACCUAAUUUUUAUUCCUUUCUUUCUUUGUAAAUAUUUUCGAGGUUAUUUUUGUUCUGCUGUCUCACUUUGCUCCUUGACUUUUGUUUUUGUUUGUUCGUUUUGUUUGAGUACUACAGUGCGAAAGAAGAGAUUGGGGGGGGGGUGUAUUUGAUAAAUAAAUGUUCCUUUUCUUUAGAAGAUGCAUCAAUCUCAAUAAACGUUCCUGGGUAAUAUGUCUUUUGUAAAAGCUAUGUAAGCACAGAUUGGGAUCGAUACAACUUUUGCUUUGGUCUUUUAUUAUCUUUUUUUAUUUUACUACUUACCUUUGGAUUUCACAUUCCUGGUUUAACUGUUCAACAAAAUGAAUGACGAUGAUAAAAGAACAAAUAGCUUGCUCUGGUUCAGCCACAUUGUGACACGCUCUCUGUCUUUUUGUCUUAGGCAUUUAACUUUGAGAUCCUCGCUUCACUCUUGCUCAACACUGUACAACUGUGAUUAAUGCGUAUGAUACAUAACUGUCCUCUCUCAUCUCUCUUGUGUUCCUGCCCCAACUCUCUCUCCUUCUUCUGUUUUGUGCCUUGACCUCUGUUUUUUGUUUUGUUUUGUUUAUUUGUUUUUUUUCAUGAUGUCUGUAGAGUUUAGAGCAAUUUCUGUUUGCAAUAUAUAAUGAAGUUAAAUAUGAGGUUUGUGGUUUUAGGAGACAAUUAAAACGCGACCGCCAUCUGAUGAAUAUGAAAAAUGCCAUGAAAUGUUUUAUUGAAAAUAAAACUUGAUUUCACAACUGUGAA